UUGAUACCACUUUUAAGACCAAUGAGUUGUGAUAUUUCUGGGUGGAGUGGUGUUUGGAUUGAAGAAGAGGGAUGUUGAAAGGAAAGUGGGGGAGAGAUGAGCAGCAAGAAGGUGGUGUGGGUAUAAUUAAUAGGGAAAAGUCAGCUCUGAGGGGUCGAGAAAGGCGACAAUACGUGGUGGGUGCAGCACAAAUCUUGGCUGAGAAACCAACCGUAAUCAACUUAGUAACAAACCCCAAUAUCAUAUCCUCCAACUUUAGUAAACACACCUCCUCCACCUCUUCUCUCUCCCUGUGUUUCCUUCUGGGUGUGGUGGGUAUUUUUCCAUUUUCGUUCUACGUUGAGUUGGGUGGGUGGGUUAAGUUUCAACACAGGGAAAGGCUUUUCCAAAGGGUGUAUGUGUGUGGGUUCUGCCCAGUGUUUGCUGAUCUUGCUUAGUUUCACUGUCUCUCCUUGCUUUUUUUCUUAGUUCAGCCAGGUGCAUACUUAGCACUUGUCCCUUUUCCCAUUUAGUCUCAUCAACUAUCGGCAAUGGGAGGCGUGGUGGGAAAAGGCGAUUCACCUAGAAAAGCCUGGGUACCAGAAACAAAGCUUGAGGCCAAAAUGGUUGAAGCUAUGCAGCGGAGGGCAUCUGAAGGAAGCGCCAUGAAAUCGUUCAACAGUAUAAUCUUGAAGUUCCCAAAAAUUGAUGAGAGUUUAAGGAACUGCAAAGCUAUUUUUCAGCAAUUUGAUGAGGAUUCAAAUGGUGCAAUAGAUCAUGAAGAACUGAAAAGAUGUUUCCUUAAACUGGAGAUUUCUUUUUCAGAGGAGGAAAUCAACGAUCUUUUUGAGGCAUGUGAUAUCAAUGAGGAUAUGGGAAUGAAGUUCAAUGAGUUCAUUGUACUUCUCUGCCUUGUCUAUCUUCUCAAGGAGGAUCCUGCUGCCCUUCAGGCCGUAUCCAAAAAAUCACGGAUGGGGAUGCCAAAUCUGGAGGCAACCUUUGAAACACUGGUUGAUGCAUUUGUGUUCCUGGACAAGAAUAAGGAUGGCUAUGUGAGCAAGAGCGAGAUGGUGCAUGCAAUAAAUGAAACAACUGCAGGGGAGCGUUCUUCUGGAAGAAUAGCCAUGAAAAGAUUCGAGGAGAUGGAUUGGGAUAAAAAUGGAAUGGUGAACUUCAAGGAGUUUCUUUUUGCUUUUACCCGUUGGGUUGGGAUCGACGAUAUUGAGGAUGAAGAAGAAGAGGGUGAAGAGAAAGUUUGAAUGAAAAUUUUCAGGCAUCUCUAAUCAACUACACACUUGCAAUGUCCGUGAGCUUGUCAGAGCAGUGUGAGUUCCCACAUGAGGUGUUAUUUGCUUUUCCAAUAAUGGUGGAGUUGAGAUAAACAUGCAGGGGCAAACCUUCGCCCUUCCCUUGAUUUGUAAUGUAAAUAGUCUCUCAAGGAUAGAACUCAAACUCAAAUCCUUUUCCAAUGAGACAGACAAAACCUCAUUGCAUAGUUGAUUGAGGGAUUAUGAUGAUGUACUGUAUUGUUUUUUUAAGAUCUCUGGACGCUUUACUGUUUUCCAGUGAUGUGCAUGACCAGAGAUUUGUUGUCAAAAAAGGCUAUGAUUAACAAAUUGUUUGGCAAGAA